CAAAACUUAUAGGGUCACGGCUCUUUUAUGCGCACAGCUUUCAACUGAAUUUAAAGCACUUUUUAUCAGAAUCCAGAAAUUUCAAACUCUUACCCACCACAACAGAGAAAUGGGAAAGACGUCUGAAACUCAUGACCUUCCAUUGUUACAAGCACAAACUGCAGACUCAUCGUUCAAGAGAACUGGAAAUUUAUGGACUGCUGUGGCACAUAUCAUAACUGCGGUGAUAGGUUCUGGAGCGCUGUCUCUAGCAUGGAGCACAGCUCAGCUUGGUUGGAUCGCUGGCCCUUUAGCUGUGCUAUCCUUUGCCGCCAUCACUUUAGUCUCCUCAUUUCUUCUCAGCAACUGCUAUAGAACUCCUGAUCCUGAACACGGCCCCGGCCGCAACCGAUCCUACAUUGAAGCUGUUGAUCUCAGUUUAGGAGAAAAGAGAGCCUGGAUAUGUGGGUUUUUUGUACAGAUAAGCUUGUAUGGGACAGCAAUUGCCUAUACUGUAACAUCUGCAAUAAGCAUGAGAGCGAUUAAGAAAUCAAACUGUUACCACAAAGAAGGGCAUGAGGCUGCCUGUGAAUAUUCAGAUACUUCCUAUAUGCUAAUGUUUGGAUUUGCUGAAAUUAUACUAUCUCAAACACGAAAUUUGAAUAACGUAGAAUGGUUAUCAGUUUUUGCUGCAAUCAUGUCCUUUACCUAUUCUUUCAUUGGAUUAGGACUUGGCCUUGCCACAGUAAUAGAAAAUGGAUAUGCUAAGGGUAGCAUUUCAGGAGUGUCAACUUCUAGUUCCAUUCAGAAACUGUCUUUGGUAUCGCAAGGACUUGGAGACAUUGCCUUUGCCUUUCCAUUUGUACUGGUACUUAUUGAGGUUCAGGAUACUUUGAAAUCACCUCCACCAGAAACCCAUACCAUGAAAAAGGCCUCAACAAUAGCCAUAUCUGUGACAACCUUUUUCUACCUAUUGUGUGGAAGCUUCGGAUAUGCAGCAUUUGGGGACGAUACUCCAGGAAACCUUCUAACAGGGUUUGGAUUCUAUGAACCAUAUUGGCUUGUAGACCUCGCAAAUGCCUGCAUUGUGGCUCAUCUUGUUGGAGGGUACCAGGUUUAUAGUCAGCCAUUAUUUGCAACUACUGAAAAAUGGAUUUCUGGGAAGUUUCCAAAUCAUGGAUUUUUAUGCAAGGAUUUCCAUUUAAAAGUUCCAUUGAUACCAGGAUUCAGAUUGAAUCUUCUAAGGCUGUGUUUCAGAACAAUAUAUGUUUUGUCAACAACAGCAAUUGCAAUGGUCUUCCCUUACUUCAACCAGGUUAUAGGAGUGAUCGGAGGCUUGAAUUUUUGGCCCUUAUCCAUAUAUUUUCCAGUGGAGAUGUACUUUAAGCAGAAGAAUAUUGAACCCUGGACAAGAACAUGGGUGAUGCUUAGAAUUUUUAGCCUUUUCUGCUUCUUCAUCACAUUGUUUGCCUUGAUUGGAUCAAUAGAAGGCCUUAUAGGUGCCAAAUUAAGCUAAGAAAAAAGGCAUCAUACUUGUCAAUGAUACGACAAGAGAAAUAUCAUGAUAGUAUAGAGUAGUUUGCUAUUGAUACUCACAUUAUUGCUCAAAUAUCUUAUGUAUUAUGGGUUUGUUAUUGUACUAAACAACUAUAGGCAUUAUAGGUGCCAAAUUAAGCUAAGAAAAAAGGCUUCAUACUUGUCAAUGAUGCGACAAGAGAAAUAUCAUGAUAAUAUAGAAUAGUUUGCUACUGAUAUUCCCAUUAUUGCUCAAAUUUCUUAUGUAUUAUGGGUUUGUUAUUGUACUAAACAACUAUAUUUGUGACGAUUCAAUACAGAAUUAUUAUAUGUUCAUC